CUCCGCCUAUGAAGGAUGGUUUCCAAUAUCCAGUCUGAGUUGCGGUUGAGACGGAGCGGAUCCCUCCCAGAUGUUGCCAGGAAAACGGGCAACUUCUCGGCCGUCGCUUCUUUGAGAAGCAGCUCUCGUUGAAAGUAGUGGAUAUAAGAAACCCCUGCAAAUCAAGGUGUAAUGUGCGUGCUGGUCAUGGGUAGAUGAUGGACGUGGAGACCUCGUACUCUGAGUUCAUCACCUGCGAUCGCGCCGGUCGCAGGAACGCCGUGCCAGACAUAAAGGAGGAGGGAGCGAGCACGGGCACCAGUGAGCUGACCAAAGACAUGGCCCAGAUGAACCUGGAGUCGACCGCGGGGGAGGGCUCUGAGUCGUCACCGCCCCCAGAAGACGCCGGGUCCAGGAACCAGGAGGCAGAAGCAGGUGGGGGCCCCUCCUAAACCGGCCCCCAUUCGGGGAGGCCUGCCCAAGUUACCCCAUCCUCCCCCCCCCUCAAACACCUUCUUCCCUCCGGCACAGCGUGGGGGAAACACGCUACCACACACACACAGACUGGCGCUGAGACAGCCAGAUGUGCUGCUUUAUAUUAUCUGUUUCAGCAGAAACGGCACAGAGCUGAAAAACAGACUGCCUUUGACAGGAAAAGAGAGAGAAAUGUGAUAAACUCUCCUCAGCGGAUCCUGGUUUCCUGGUUUCAGUGCCCUGUCCGGGGGCUUUUUCUGCUUGGCGUCUGUGUUUUCCGAGUCGGCCAUUUUGGAUUCAGCGCUUAUGGGGGCUGUGUUCCUUCUGCAAGGCUACGGAGGUCAGAGGUCAGCCCGAACCUGAUUAAACACAAUCAAGCACAGGAAUACCAAAACAAAUGAAGUCCUAAUUUUGUAUAUACUCCGUAUAUAUACUUAUAUACUUCUGUUUGUUUUUAUGUCUGAUCUGGAUGCAGUUUUUUUUUUUUUUUUUGGGACCUGAUUUCUACUAUCAGAAAUGUUUGGUUGGCAGUUAAAUGUGAUGUAUGGGAUGGUAUUUAUUUUAUUUUUUUUCUUCUGAGAUGUUUGUGUUAGGAAUUUUGAAUAAGUAAUAAAAAUACAUAUAUAUGUGUGUCCAGAGAAAUGUGCA